AAAAAUGCCAAACCGGAAGCGACGUAACAGGAGGGAGUGCGGCCAAUUUAAAUGUUUUAUAUGUCCCCACGGCGGGGGAAUCCUGAAGUAUGACGUAUGAGGGAAACCCCAGGGUACUGCAUCACAGCGCUGCCAUAUAAGUUAAGAAAACUAACAACCGAGAGAAAUAUGUACUCCUCAGAUGUAAUAUUUGAAUCUGUACAUCAGCAUCAGGUGGAAAAAGCGUUAUAAAAGCAUCUUGUUCAUGGUAGAGAAAGCUGCUUACAUGCAGUCACAAGGAAAGUAAUUGUGAAGACAUUGAAUUAAACAUAAACUCUGCUUUUGUGUUUUUAUCAGCUUUUCCGCAUAUAUUUUGGCCUUAAUAAUUAUCACAUACACUUGCUCUAUUUGUGUAAAUCCGUUUUUGUGAAUGAAUGAAUGAAUGAAUGAUUCUCUAGGUGUAGUUUGUGUCUUGUUAACAGCCGCUAACGGCACCUGCUGGUGAGGACGAUUAACAGCAGAUGGAGAUCAUGCAUCGGCAAUCUACUGCUAUUCCUGCAGUUCCCGGAUGUUCAAUGUUGAAUUUUCUGUCCAAUUUGAACCACUGAAUUUGUGGAAGCGAAUUUGUAAAGCGAAAUAAAAUGGACCGAAAAUUGCCUGUUGAAUAUUAUAGGUUGUAUUUUUAAACAGACUGAAUAGAUUGGAAGUUAAAUCUGAAAGGUGAAUAUGAAUCUUUUUUAAUAAUGAAAAUGUGUGUGAAAUGUUUUGAAUGUUGAAUAUUUGAAGUGAAAUAUUCACAGCUUAAGUAUACGACCACGCUGAAUUUCAGCCCAUAAAAAUGCAAGCCCUAAAAAUACAAUGCAUUCAAAUGUAAGGACGAUUAAUGCAAUGCACAUUUUUUUUCAAUUAGUGUAAUUCAACAAGCUUUUUAUUUCAAAAACAUUUGGCGUUAAUAAACUUACAUAACCGUUACGGUCGUUAUUUAAAGGUUUUAAAAAUAAAAACCCAAAAAUAACAUUAAUUUCAGCAAGUCGGUCACCGUCAUGUAGGCUAGAUGAAACAGGUAAAUUCUCUCAAAAGGGCGAGAAACACGAGAUGUGAACACUUUGUGUUAGAAGUCUCAGCUUCUUUUUUUCCACAUAUGUCGUAGUUUCCAUCCAAAAAUGUUUGAAUGAUGUGCUCAUGCGUGGCUGAAUUUGAACACGCAACAGAGAUAGGUGAAAUGUACUGUGAAGUUCUCUUGAUGCGCUCAUUUCAGUCUAGCUUACGGUGUCAUGGCUUGGCGUGAUCGUGGAGUUCAGAUUGUUUUGACAAGCCUGGGCGCAUUCGCAGCGAUCAGCCUGAUGUCUGUUGCUAUCGGGACCGACUACUGGCUCUACUCUAGAGCACACAUCUGUAACACGACCAGAAACGCAACAGAUGAAACCCAAACCUUCCUGCAGCCAAAGAAAACACGAGGAGAUCUUACGCAUUCUGGACUUUGGAGGGUCUGCUGUAUCGAAGGGAUCAACAAUGGGAGCUGCUACUGGAUCAAUCAUUUUUCUGUGGAUAAUGACUAUGACACCGACAGUUCAGAGUACAUCCUCCGAUUGGUGCGGGCAUCCAGUCUCUUCCCCAUCCUGAGUACCAUCCUGCUUCUCUUGGGAGGACUUUGUGUUGGUGUGGGCCAUGUUUACAGCAGCAGAAAUAACAUUAUUCUGAGUGCAGGAAUCCUUUUUGUAUCUGCAGGUCUCAGCAAUAUCAUCGGCAUCAUCGUUUACAUCUCUAGUAAUGCCGGAGACCCUAGUGACAAGAAAGGAGAAGAUAAGAAAAACUUAUACAGCUAUGGAUGGUCCUUCUACUCAGGUGUACUCUCCUUCAUUGUGGCUGAGGCCAUAGGUGUGUUGGCAGUUAACAUCUACAUUGAAAAGAACAAAGAGGUUCAUUUCAAGCACUUUGAGUUUAUUAAAAUGGCCCCUCCACCCUCGCCCUCCCUCUACACCAGCAUUCCAAGUUACCAUUACAGAAAACAAUGGUCCCAGUCCUGUUCUCAAUCCACAGAUGCAUCUAAAAGCACUUCCCCUGCCAUACUUAGGGUCACCAGCUCCUCAUUGCCUUUGGGGGACAUUUCAAUGUAUAUGCUGGGGAGAGAACAUCCAUUCAAAGCAGGUGCUCUGGCCUCUUAUUACACUGAUCUUGCACAUCCUAACUUCUUGCAAGCCCACAACAGCAUCCCUAAAGAUAAGGACAGUUCGAAUCACAAGAUCACUCCUGUGUGAAAAUGCAGUUAUGUCACGCAUUUACCAUUUUUCUCAGUUGUUUUUGGCUCGAGAUGUUUUUCUCAAAACAGUUUCAGUUUCUUGUUCACAAUAGAUGUGAUUUUCUAAUUCACACUCUUCACAACUUCUUUCAUCAUAUGAGCCAGCACAUGCAAAAUAAUCCAUUUAAUUAUCAAAAUGUAUCAGACAUACAUGUAUUUUACAUCAUUGAAUGUUUUCCGUUUACAUGUAAUGGAUUGCUACAACUGUGCAUAUUUUUUUUCUGUGUACUACAGUAUUGACUUUUCCCAGCCAUUUUUUUUCUUUUUAGCAUUUAUUAAAGAAGCUCAAAAACAGUAACAAUAGUGCUAUAAUGGAUUGAAAUUUUGCUUUGGAUUUUUUUGCUUUGGAUUUUUUAUUUUUAUUUUUUAUCAUUGUUCAUCAUAAAAAAAAUAAAAAAAUAAAUCCUUAGGAAAAUAAUCUUUGUCACAUAUGGUUAACUCAUUUGGUUCCUAAUGUGUCAUGGAUGACUUGCACAAUGUCCCUAGUUGCUGAACAGUUCGCUGUUGUAUAAGCAUUUAUCUAAUGAAGCAAAACUUUACUGCCUUACACACUCUAUCCUCACAUUACAUCCUCCACAGGAUAUGCAGCCAGUCAGCUGCAGCAUUCCUAAACAGUGGUGGCUCCAGGACUUUUUUUGGGGGGAGGAGCUUAAAAGUUCAAAGGGGGUGCUAAGAAGAAAAUUAAAUGCAUCAAUAACUUCAAUACCCUGCAUUUAUUGCAUUUUACUUAUUUAAUUUUCCAUUUUACCUUAAACUAUACAUUUACAAGGUCAUAUUGUAGUGUACACAGUUACUAAGCACAGUAUCAAUUCUGCUUUUAUUAUUACAUUAGCUCUAUGACUUAAUAAUGGUUUAUUGAAUCUUGUACACUACAGUCCCAUAGACAGAUAUAGGCAUAGGCUAUGUAUUUAUGUCUAUACACUAUAGGCCUAUACAACAGAUAGUGAGGGCUUUAAAACUGCGGAGAGCUAAAUGAAGGAACGUGCCUGUGCUUUUAAAACGGCAACAAAAUGGAAAAGAGCGCAGGAUGUCGAGACGUGUUUUCAAAAGUUGAACUUUUAAAUUUAACUUUUAACACUGUUUAAAAGCAUGGCUUGAGAAACUGAAAAAGCAGACGAGAUGCAAUGAACAGUCAAAGACACCUGUUUAAUGCAUUAAUCUAGUUUAGAUCUAGUUUAGCUGCGCUGGUGCUAAGCACAUUUCUGGUGGAGCUAUAGCCCCAGCAAGCCCCGGCCUAGCGCCGCCACUGUUCUUAAAGCCAAGGACAAAAUCGACUCAAUGUUUGAAGAUAUCCAUCUUUUGAGCUGUAAAAGAACAACAUUUAUGUUAUGAUGGAAGAGUAAUAUUAC